CUUGUAUUUUACGAGUGAUUGUUUACGUUGUGGUGUGGUGCGGAUUGUGCUUGCAACAUUGGUGGUAAAAUAUAUAUUUAUUUAUUAAAAUAUAAUAUAGAAAUAUCUAACAAUGCCGCAUGGACACUCACACGGUGGUGGCUGCGAACAUGAAGCAUUGGGAAUUGAAAAUGAAUUGGAAAUAGGUAUACAUUACAGUCUGUAUGAGAAGAUUGAUAUGAACAAUGUAGAAUGUCUGAACGAAGAGCUGGAAGGAUCUGGGAAGACUGUGUUUAAACCAUAUAAUGAGCGUUUAAAUCACGAUAAGUACGUGAAAAGUGAUGCUGACGAGGAACUGCUAUUUAACAUACCCUUCACCGGAAACGUGAAGCUGAAAGGUAUCAUCAUCAUCGGAGCAGACGAUGAAACGCACCCAAAAAAAAUGCGUCUGUUUAAAAAUCGCCCAAAAAUGACGUUCGACGAUACAUCCGCAUCGGCGGAUCAAGAAUUCUCCCUAGAGAAAGAUGCGAACGGUGUAUUCGAAUAUUCUACAAAUCGUCUUCUUUUACAUCCUAGAGUUGUUACGUUUGCAAACGUGCAUCAUCUUUCACUGCAUAUUCCUACCAAUUAUGGAGGCGAAAGUACAACCGUUUAUUAUAUAGGACUAAAGGGAGAAUUUAGUGAAGCACACCAUCACGGCGUGACAAUUUGUACGUACGAAGCACGUCCUAACGUUUCGGACCAUAAAAAUAAUUUGUUCGAUUCUGUGAACCACCAAAUUCAAUGAUGUAAAAAGUAAGCAAUAAUCACGAUUGGGAAAUAUAAUCAUUUGCAAUAUGACUUCAGCUGUUUAUUUUUAGCUUGCACGAUUGUUGUUCUAAUAAAUUAACCAAGAAAAACUCGGGUUCGAACCAUCAAGACGCGGCCUUUUUCAAAGGCGUUCAAAAUAAAAACAAAGGAUAUAAAAAAACCAACAUAAAGAAAGAUAAAUUUCUAUCUCAUUGUGCAGUGAUCGGCAAUCUGCGACCAAAUGGGCCUAACAAUAUUAAAAUACUCGUAGAGUUCCGCGUCAGGAGUCAAAUUCCAUGAAAAUAUGACGAUAAAAAGGGGAUGGCCCUUUCUAGGUAGUAAAGAGCCGUAUGUGGUUCAUGAGCCGUAGUAUGCCGACCACUUUCCCAGUUCUAGUCCAAGUGUAUAUUUUUGAUCAGGCCAACAAAAAAAAAAAA